AUGAACGUGUCUACAAGUACUGUUCAGCAGCAGCGACGAAAGCCCACGACCGUCAACGCGGUGCAGGACGAGGAUGCAGCCCAGCUGAAACUCGGACCCGAGUUCGACGUGACCCAAUACACCCACGACGGGUUUGAGACCGCCCUCACAGCUCUGUCGACCUCAGAGGCCCGAUCUCUCAUUAACCAUACGCUCAAGAAGCGAAAGAAUGACGCAUUGGGUAUUGAGAACACGGAAGACGAUACCCUGGACGACGAGGAGGAGAUCAACGCCAAUGACGUGCUGCGAAAGACCCGGGAGUACAUGAACAUCUUCUCGCGGUUCCGAGAACAGCAAAAGGUGGCUGCGGUGGCCCAGAUUCUGCGUCACCAAGACAACGCCGAUCUGCAUCCGUUUGAAAUCGCCCAGCUCGGAACUCUGUCGUGUGAUGGAGCCGAGGAGGCCAAAACUCUGAUUCCCUCUCUGGCUGCCAAGCGAACCGACGCCCAGCUCCAGGAGCUGCUGGAUCUGGUCAGAGAACAUGACCGAGAAAACUAA